GCUGUCACUGUCAGUUACGACUGAAUGCGUCGAUCAGUCAGGAAACGAGCCUCUGUUCUUUGUUUACGAACAAAUUAAAUAAUUCUCUAAUAAAAAAAUCCUAUCGUUGUGAGUCAUACUUCGAGUGCAGUGUUAUAGAUUUUAAAAGUUACUUCCUAACUUAUUCUAUUGUUUGUUGAUAUCGAGUUCAAUGACAAAGGUUCAAUCUAUGUGAUCAUUUUAAUACGGAAUGGUGUUGUUAUUGUAAUCUGAAUAUUAGAAUGUCAUCGUCAGCAGAAGAAAGUCCGAUAAUAAACUCGGAUAUCGAAAAUGAUGUUACAAGUAGUCGUCGGAACUUGGUGGAGGCAGAACAAGUGGAAGAAACAACAGGAUGGAUCAAAUGUCGGACUGUCCUUGGCAUUAUGGGGUUUCUGGGCUUUGCCAGUGUUUAUGCCAUGAGAGUAAACCUCUCUGUGGCCAUAGUGGCUAUGGUUAAUUCAACAACACCUACGCCCACAAACUCUUCAACAGAUGUGGAUGUUUGUCCGGCUAGUCCAGUCAGCAACAGUUCUGUGCCACAGAGGCCGGGCGACUUCAACUGGACUGUUGAGCAACAGAGUAUAGUUUUAGGCUCAUUUUUCUAUGGAUAUGUACUAACACAGGUACCAGGAGGAAGAAUAGCAGAAAUGUAUGGAGGGAAACUCGUUUAUGGUUUAGGAAUAUUUUUCACAGCAGUAUUUACAAUUCUUAGUCCAAUUGCGGCAUACACAGACAUUAAAUUCUUCAUUGCUGUGCGAGCACUGGCUGGUUUGGCAGAAGGUGUAACUUACCCAGCCAUGCAUGCCAUGUUAGCUAGAUGGAUCCCACCGCUAGAGAGAUCAAAGUUUGCAGCUUAUGUUUAUGCUGGUUCGAACAUAGGCACAGUAAUCACCCUACCUAUAUCAGGAUGGCUCUGUACUCUAGAAUUUGGUGGCGGCUGGCCACUCUGUUUUUACAUAUUUGGUGGUAUUGGCGUUGUAUGGUUCAUAUUCUGGCUACUGCUAGUCUUUGAUACGCCUCAAAGACACCCUAGAAUCUGUCCCAAAGAGAUUGAAUAUAUUGUACGGAGUAUUGGCCCUCAGCAAGAAGAAAAGCCAGCGAUGUCAAUCCCGUGGCUGAAGUUCUUAACAUGCGUGCCUCUAUGGGCCAUUCUCAUCGCCCAAUGUGGCCAGGCGUGGGUAUUCUACACACAGUUCACAGAACUACCAUCGUACAUGAACAAUAUUUUGCAUUUCGAUAUUGUAGCUAAUUCAAGACUGAGUGCACUCCCGUACUUAACGGCAUGGUUGGGCGGUAUCGUGCUAUGUAUAUUUGCUGACUGGACCUUAGCCAAAGGGUGGAUUUCCAGGCUUAAUAGUAUGAAGCUUUGGAAUACUGUGUCGGCGUUCAUCCCAGCAUUUGGUCUGCUGGGCAUAGCUUGGGCGGGGUGCGACAGGAUUGCUGUCAUCUUGCUGCUGUGCUUCGCCUCGGCUUUCGGUGGCGCCGCUUAUGCUGGUAAUCAGAUGAACCACAUAGAUCUGUCGCCUCAGUUCGCGGGUACUAUGUACGGUAUUACGAACGCGGCGAGCAAUAUAUGUGGCUUCAUGGCCCCUUAUGUUGUGGGCCAUAUUAUAAAGGCUGAACAGCAAACUCUAGGCCAAUGGCGUGAGGUGUUCUACUUGGCGGCAGCCAUCGAUCUCGGCACAAAUCUCUUCUAUUUAUUCUUCGCGAGCACGGAGGAACAGGAUUGGUCGCGGUCCGACAAUGACGACAUGACGGCUCCGGCGCCCGUCGAGAGCAUCCUGUUCCCCGAGUCAUAGACAAUGUCACAAAUACAGAUGGCAUAAACCAAAACGUUUGGUUCUCAAACUCCUUAGUACGGAUACACGUUUGUAUUGUUUCUGGUUUAUAUUAAUUUAAAAAGUAUCAAUGCAGUAACUAACUGUGGUAUAAUUAUUUUUAUUUUGAAAAAUAAUGUCUGCUUUAUAAAUAACUUGAACAGCAAUAACAUUAAUAUUGUUCUUUUUUAUGUUUAUUCUAAGGUUUUAAUGUGUAUAUCACGGAUUAACUCUUAAAUUAUGUGUGUGAUAAGUACUCGUAAUAAAAGUCUGUGAUAGGUAAGAAUGUUGGAAACCGGUCAAAUACUAUUUGUAUUGUUCUUAAGCCGGGCCCGUGGUCUAUAAUUGUUACUUCCUUCAAAAUAAGAGAAAAGGGUAGCUCAAUAUACCCACUAUGGGAUAUCUAAUAGCCAAAACGGGGCUUUCGGAAAUAUCAUAAGAAAGUUUUAAUUUGAAAUAAUGUUAAUGAAGUGUUUUUAUCAAUAUGAUAUGUAUAGUAAAUGGUACAUAUUUCAAUUUUAUAUUAACUUACUUGCAUAUUAAAUAACUUAAAUGGUGCCUUUGAUAUACAUACCAUUCGUUUACCGGCCAAAUAUCAUUCGGGAUUUUAAAGAUUUAUACAUAUAUUUCAAUGUUUUAUCCGUGUAGCGUAUUUUUAAAACCAAAAAUGAUUUAUGUAUAGAAUUCGGAGAAAUAAUGUUUUUUUUAUUAGUGAAGUAGUUUUAAAGGGGUAUACAUAAAAACUGUCAAUUAUUUUGCUUGGGCUGAAAAGUGUCCAAAUAAUAACGUCAUUGUUUUGCUCAAAAAUAAAAAAAAUAAAUUGCAUAACUUGAUAGAUUUGGGAGUAAACUUAAGUUUAGCGUAUAUUGCGUGUCGAAGUUGUAGCAAAUAACUAGCCAAUUUAUUUAUAAAAAACAUGGCUGUAGAACAAAGUUCAAAUGACGGCCGCGAACUAUACAAAAAAUUAAAUUAAUAUUUAAAAAUUAGCAUCCCUCCAUACACGUUCCGACUUGCAUUAGCUAUCAUGAUUCUUAGAGAUUUCUAGAUUAGUCACCACAUAAGUGGCCAGAAUAAAUUGAUGCUAUAGAUUUAAAUUCGGAAUAAAUAUUUGGUUAUUACUGGCCACUGACAUUCGAAAAACGAUUCUCGAUUAUUUUUUUUCAACUCGCAAGAGCUUGUGGUCUAAAACAAGAAGGUUGGUUAUGGAUAGGGCUGCCAUCUCGAAUUUUGCCAAACCCGGACAAACAUUUUAAAAAACCGGACAUUUGGCGUAAAUCGCAUUUUUUCCCCGAACGAGUACGAUUUUUUUAAAACAAAGUAACACCUAAUUUGUAAUCCAUUUACUAUUAACAUACACUUAAAUUCAAUGAGGUGCUUCCUUACAUGAAAAGUGUCCGGGUUUUCGGGACACUUCUUGAAACCCCGCCCGGACGGCCCCCGGACGGCCACCAAACGAGGACAAAUCUGGGGAAACCCGGACGGAUGGUAGCCCGAGUUAAGGAGAACAAGGUCUGGAACAUUGAACAGUUUUAAUAAUGAGUGGCGCAAAUCUUUAUUGUUUUUUUUUUGUGCAGAUCUUGGAAUCCAGUAGCAACCUAUCCUAAAAUAUUCUUGGUUUCAAAUGCUGCCAUUCGCACGUCACUAUACAUAGCCAAUGCGAGUUGGGAUGUGAUCACCGGGGCUUUACAUACGUACUUCAUGCUCUCAUGCUUUCUUGUAGUUUUACUUAUUCAGAGGAAACUAAACACCGAAACUAACGGGUUAUUUAAAUAAAUGUUCUGUGGUGUUAAACAUCGUUAUAUGCUUGUUAUGACAAUUUUUCUUUUAAAAAUGUUUUUAUUUCAUCAUUCAUUAGAAUACAUAUCAUGUCCAUCCGUAUAAGUAGUCAUUGAAAUAAUUUUGCAGAUUAAAGAUAUUUUCUAUGCGUAAAUAGAUGGUUUAGGAUAUAACCUCACUGGCACGUUUACCUGCCAAAAUUAUCAUACCGUAUAUAAAAUACACGUUAAAUUCCUCAUAUAUUCAUAACAUAAUCUUCGCUCAUUUCCAUUAAAUCGUCAAUCGAAACACUUGUUCGCACAAUUUAUUAUCAUUUAAUUAUAUGUAGAUAGGCAUGAUGUAGCGUAGUGCGUGCCAAAGACGAUAAAUGUCUUAUUUUUGUAAAUUAUAGCCUUUCUGCAUUAUUUCUUUCCUGUUAUGUCAUAAUAAAUUAAAAUAAUUACACUUUAUCCUUCUGCUCGAUUUAAAACGAAUAGGCUUUCCAUACCUACUUUUAAUAAUUUCUUCUGAAUCAACCAAAAAUAACAUAUGAGUUAAUUUUUAAAAUAUACAAUCAUUCCAAACAUAGCAAGCUUACAAAUAUGAAAUAUAUUUACUCAAUUAAUUUAAGUUUCAAAGAGUUCAACUGUAAGCGAUCAGCAGUAUUCAUUAUGUGAUGACCUUAAUACAAAUGUAAUCAUACAACAAAUACUUUAUUACGAUGUUAAUUUUAUUUUUAACUUAGAUAUCCUAUAAUACUUAACAUUUUGUGUUAUACUUAUUCAUUUAUUCCUAAUGUAUUUAUAAGAUUAAGAUAAUAAACAAAUUUUGUUAUUUUUAUGAAUCUCUAGCUUGUCUCAUCAUGUUUGAUUCCCAGUAAUGUUUUUCAUAUCAGUAAAAUUCAAUAUAAAACACACUGAGUUCAUUUGCUGUGAUUAUAAAACAUUUAAAUGCGAAAUGUAUAUAAAACUAAAAUGUAUAUGAUAUGAUGACGUAGGUACCUAUUUUUUUAGCGAAGGCCAAUAAAUUUUACAAAAAAUA